GGAAUAUUUGUGACCACUAUUUUUCGCGGAGCAAAAAAAUUUGGCCCAAAGUGAACGAACAACUCAUUGCAUUUUUCUUUUCGAAUCAGCCAGCAUGGGUAAAACAAGAGAAACAGUGUCUAGCGACGACAGCGACAUGGAAGAUUCAAUCACCAGGUAAGACUUUUUUCGCUCAAUGACGGUAAAUCCUUUCAAGCAAUGUACAAUUUCGGCCAAGCAAACGAUUACCAACGUCAGUGUUACUGCUCUUGAGAAGGUUUUGUUAUCUCUAACGAGCGAUCAUGAUCAUUUUCUUCUCAAACAGCUAUCGACCUCCAGAUAUGUUCAAAAUCGCCAAUUCUACACACGCAUCACCCUUUGAUUACGAGCAACUCGCUGACGAUGGCAAAGAACUCUGGCUUAUUCGGGUACCUCAUAACAUUACUUCAUCAGACCUUGUCGGAAUGAAAUUCAAGCUUCCAGGCGAUCGCUCUCCUGGGAAGAGUCUCGGCAAACUUUCAAAACAUUCGUCUUCGUACUCCAUGUAUCGCGUACCCGAGGCAUUGGAAGAAUCUGACGAGAACAUCUUGUGUGGUGGCCAGGAAAUGUCUGGAUUCAGAUGCUUGGUCCCGUACAUGAAGAGAAAAGGCAAACUGGGAUUUGCACCAAAACCCAUCAAGCAUAAGCUCAUUUUGGAUGAAAAGGUUGAAAUUCCAGACACCACUCAGAUUAAGAAGCGGUCGCAUGAGGCAGACUCGGACAAGAAAUCCCACAAGAAGAAGAAGGCCUCUUCGUAAAAACAACCCCCUCCAAUUUUCAUCAUUACCUCUCCAUUACCUUUUGUUUUGCUCCAUAUUGCCCCAAUGCAUCAUAGAAAUUCCCAAAUAAAUAAGCAACCAAACUGAAAAACCCUGUAGAAAAAUGCCGGUUGUAAUGAUUUAAAACUCCUACAUUGAU